UAUCACUCCUUGGUCGCCCGACGAAGCAGUCCGCACGGCGUCCACAGGCUGCACUUUCAUGGCCUGCUGAGAUACCUAUUGGUUGCUGUAAGAGUGGACGAAAGACAGAAAAUCGAGGACCGACCUGCAAACCUAUUACGCCGCUACGGAACUCUGUGCGCAUGCUCUUGGAAGAGAAGUCUGCUUGAACGGCGUCUCCGUCAAGCUUGAAGAGGUAGUCUGAAGUCGUUGCACCAGUCGGACAAGACAAGAGUUCGUGGAACAGUCUCCAGUGCUCUCAACAGAAGCCAGCGGGUCUCGGAGCAUGGCUGCACAGGGAGCCACCUCGAACGGAGUGGUGGAGGCGAAGGCUCCUGGUACUGAUGCCAAACAACCGUCCAAGAAAGGGACCACCUCCAACACGCCGGCUGUUCCAAGCUUCCCUCCUCCAAAGACUGACAAGCCUCGGCCGCAUGUCUGCACGACUUGUACAAGAUCGUUCGCUCGUCUGGAACAUCUGAAACGUCAUGAGCGAUCCCACACUAAAGAGAAGCCGUUUGAAUGCCCAGAGUGUACCCGAUGCUUUGCAAGGCGCGACCUGCUUCUCCGCCACCAGCAAAAACUUCACUCUUCCACAACUCCAGCAUCGCGUCCGCGAGCAGGGAGGCGUGAGAGUGUGGCCGGCGUCGCAACUGGCCGUGUCCGUAAGAACUCGACCACCACUGGCACCAGCACAAUGCGGCCAAGAGCAAAUACCGUCAGUCACAUAGAUUCCGCCACGCUGGGCAUGUUGACCAAUUCCGCUGGCAACUAUGGUCGUCAGUACCUGCACACUCAUAAUCAUCACAACAGUAUGACCGGUCUCAGUGAGCCUCAGGGAUCUUUCUACCGUGGGACAACGAUGAACCACCAUCCUCUCACUUUGCCAAAGCUGGACACCAAUGGUCUACCAUUGGAAUUUUCAGGUGGACUGCGUACCGCACCUGCUUUCGGAGAGUUUGGACACGAUUUCGAUAUGACUCCCAUGGACUUCGGGAUCGAUCACGGCGAGACCAUCAAUCCACACGCCCUGCACAUGUCAGGUUUGGGGAUAGACACUUUGCAGUCUCCCUACCAGCAACUGUUCGGCGGCAUGACGGCUUCCCAGGUCUUGAACGACGAUGAAACGACUUUUGACUGGAUGGCACAGGGGUUUGAGCAUCAAAUGUCAUUCGCACAAGCCAACGAAAAUGCGAUUGAUGACUCCUCUCCUUCCGCUAUGAGCACUCACAGCCCUGUCGGCAUGAAUGAAAUGGCCAGCGACGCCACUCUUCCGGCUAUGCAACAUACUGCGGUAUCUGGACCGAAUAUGUGGUCCGCCAGUCUUGCCAAUCAGGCUGCUAUGGUCAACAGUCCCGUGAGUAUGGAGUUAAUGUCUGGGUUCAAUGAGAUGGUUCAUCCUCCCAUGGGUACCAUAUCACCGAAAUCCCUGCUGGCUCAAGGUGCCGCAAUGGACCUUAGUCUAGCAACCCCUCCAGAUAUGGCCUCCAUGGAAUCAGGUGGGAUGCAUCCAAGUAUGCACUUUCCAAAUUUUCAACUUCCGCCAGGGAGGGAUGGACCUGGAUCUUCCGGGUCCACCGCCUCAAUGGACAGCAGUCUCCGGCAAAGUUCGGUCACGACAAUGUCUUCUGAUCUUGUGUCAGACCAUAUUCGAAGUGUAUUGAUCGCAGGCCUUAGCCAGAAUGCCGCGUUUGGACAGCGUAAAUAUUCCCAGCCAGCAAUCAGUUCGCCGCUGUCUCCAAGCCCGUCUUCUCGCACGAAAGGCUUCAACCUUAAUACUUUCCCGACCACGCACGACCUGCAGCGUUAUGUGGCAUCAUACAUCAAAUAUUUUCAUCCGCAUCUGCCAUUUCUUCAUAUUCCCACUCUCAGCUUUGAUACCUCGGAUUAUACAACCCCUGUUCGACUGGUCUCGGGUGCUUCCCCUUACGGUCAGACAACCGUGGCUGGGGGUGGUAGCUGCUUGAUAUUGUCGAUCGCUGCUGUCGGAGCCUUAUACGAACAUGAGGUUUCCCAGUCCAAAGAUCUUUUCGAAUGUGCCAAACGGCUGAUCAGCAGCUAUCUAGAAGAGCGGCGCAAAGCCAACAUGACCAAGACACAAUUUGCACCCAGACAUUCCACCGAACGAGAGGAUACACCGCUCUGGUUGGUACAGGCAAUGCUUUUGAAUGUCAUCUACGGUCAUAAUUGUGGGGACAAAACUGCGGCCGAACUAGCGAGCAACCAUUGUGCAGCCCUGGUCAGCCUAGCUCGUGGUGCAGAACUUGCACGACCUGCGCCGGGCACUGGGGAAGAUGCUGCCAAAGCUCAAUCCGGCAAUGUACAGUUGAACGGCAUGUCUGCAUAUAACUGGAAUUCCAUGACCAACGAGUUUGAUGAUUCUGACUGGUUUGAGUGGAAGCUCAUGGAGGAACGCAAGCGUACUCUCUAUGCCGUCUUUAUCCUCUCCAGUAUGCUGGUGACUGCGUACAAUCACCCUCCGGCCUUGACCAACUCAGAGAUCCGGUUGAGUUUGCCUUGUGACGAAGAAUUGUGGGCAGCCGGAUCAGCUCACGUCUGGCGGAGCUUCGGCGGUGCAGCCGGUGCGGAGGCCACUUCAACCACGUUCGCCGAAUCGUUGACAUACCUGCUCAUGGCGGCUCAGCGUGAACGCCGGCAAAGCAGUUCAUUUGGUAUGGCAGCUGAGCCAGACCUCAGACCCAGCACGUUUGGUUGCUUGAUUCUCGUGAACGCAUUGCACAAUUACAUAUGGGAAACAAGGCAACGACAUCUCGGGCGACAAUGGACAACUACCGAGACCGAGCAAAUGCACGCUCACAUCGAGCCGGCUCUUCGCGCUUGGCAAGCUGCAUGGGCGAGUAAUCCUACUCACAGUCUCGAGCGUCCAAACCCUUUUGGGGCGGGACCGCUGUCGGCGGAUUGCAUUCCCUUGCUUGACCUUGCAUACGUCCGACUAUUUAUUAAUCUUGGGAGGUCCAAGGAAGCGUUCUGGCAGCGCGACUAUGAUGCCAUGGCACAGGAAAUUGCCAAAGGUCCAGAGGCAAUGCCGAGCGGGGAGGCUCCGAAUGGCAACAGUCAACACGAAUCAUCGCCAGGGAAGAUCGACAGCGACAGCUUAGUAUCCAUCACAACGCCACCAGAUGAGGACGUGAAACCAAAUGUGGAACAGGAGCUUCGAGGGGCACACUCGUCUACUCGAGAGAAACACCUCCGGAAAGCAGCAUUUUAUGCAGCUGAUUCACUGUCCAUGUCCGACAAGCUGGGCCUAAGCUUCGCAGAAUAUACCUCUCGUGAGCUACCAACGCAAUCGGCGAUGUGUGCGUUUGAUUGCGCACAGAUCCUGGCAGAAUGGGUCACCACCGUACAGGAACGUGUUGGUAAAUACAUUGGUGUAAUCGGCCGUGAUGGGAUGAACCUAUUGGAGGUGCCUGGCAUCCUUUUACUGGAGGAUGAAGACCGCAAACUCAUUCAGAAGAUCGACGAAGUCUUGACUAGUGCCGAGCAGAAAAUUGGCUCACGAGGCGGGUUCGACCUUGUUGCGGCACGAGAGGGCGGUCACGGCAGCAGAAUACUUAUUUUGACGGCAUACCUGCUUGAGAGGGAUGCCGUUUGGCCAGUUUUCAAAUUGAUGGCACGAUCCUUGGAAACCCAGGCCGGCCACAUCAAAAAUCGAGCUCUAGCCUCGGUUACAGCUACUUGACGAACUUUGGCUGACUUGAAGUUCGACCC